CUCUUCUUCCCGGCCAUGGCGAUACAGGUCAUCAACGCCACCACCCUCAAAGCCGUUUCUUUCCCCCUCUCCCAACCCAACCUCGUCCCUCUCACAAUCUUCGACCGCGCCGCCUUCGACCUCCACGUCCCCACCCUCUACGCCUUCCUUCCCCCAACCCCCUCCAAUGAAUCCCUCAAAUCCGGCCUCUCCCGCGUCCUCUCCUACUUCCCCCACCUCGUCGGCCGCAUCUCCGCCGAUCAGAACCACCAACCAUGCAUAGUUCUAAAUAAUGCCGGCGUUCGCGUCGUCGAAACCAAGAUCUCCGCCACUUUGUCGGAGAUGCUUCCUCUCGAUCCAACCAGUAAUCUUUCUAAGCUUCACCCCGAUAUCGGGGAAGGCGUGGAGGAGCUUCUUCAAAUUCAGCUUAACCGCUACGCCUGCGGCGGGCUAGUGAUCGGUUCGACGUCGCACCAUCGAGUCGCCGACGGGCAGUCGAUGAGUAUGUUUUUCGUAGCGUGGGCGCAGAUGGUUCGCUUCGGUAAAGCGCCGAACCCGCUGCCGUUUCUCGACCGUACCGCCGUCGUUGUGCCGAGGAACCCACCGAGAUGCGAGUACAAUCACCGGGCGAUUGAGUUCAAGUCUUCAGCCACUGAUUCCUCCAUCGAAGCCGCAUGCACCGUUGAAAAUCUGAAAGUCCGCUUCUCGGCGGACUUCAUCUCCGGCCUAAAGUCCGCCGUGCCAGGCCGCUGCAGCACCUUCGAGGCCCUCCUCGCCCAUCUCUGGCGCAAGAUAUCGUUGGCGAGAGGCCUCAAAGCCAACGAGUCAACCAAGGUCAGGGUGGCGGUGAACGGCCGGGCGAGGCUCAAGUCCCCCGCGGUCCCCAUGGAGUUAUUCGGAAACUUCGUUCUGUGGGCCCACCCAAAGUCGACUGUCGGAGAGCUGACAUCAACGACUGGCGGCGGGCUGGCUAAUGCCGUAAAGAUAAUACACGAGGCGGUGCAGAGGAUCGACGAGGGUUAUUUCCGGUCGUUUAUUGACUUCGGUGAGCUGGAAAAGAAGAAUGACGAAGAGAUGGCGGCGUCGGCUCCGGCGAUGGGGAAUGCGCUGUGCCCGAAUCUCGAGGUGGAUAGUUGGCUGAGGUUUAAUUUCCACGAUCUGGAUUUCGGGAGCGGUGCGCCGUGCGCCUUCCUUCCGCCCAAUUUGCCGGUGGAAGGGCUGAUGAUAUUUGUGCCGUCGUUGAAGGAGAAGGGAGGCGUCGAGGUGUUCAUGGCGCUGGCGGAGGAGCACGUGGAGGAGUUUAAGAAGAUAUGUUAUUCUUUGGAUUGAUAAGGAUCCGUUAUAGAAAUCUUGGCGGAUCGAUCAUUGGAAGAUGUGAAGUUGACUUUUUUUUAUUUAUAUUGAUAAGUUUGUGUGAAUUUUAUGU